AUGGCCGUGAAAUCCAACGAUGGCGGCGGGCCAGCAGCUCCGUCGCCAGCCUUCGUGGAUACCGUCGCCGAAAUCAUGAGGCUCUACAGAUCCCUCCCGCCGAGGCCUUCUAUCGACGAAGUGGAGGCCUCCGUCGCCGUAGUCAAGUCCAUCCAAAACGAAGAGCAAGCGAAGCUAGAAGAAAUCUCCAAACACCAGCGCCCGCCAGAUGUGCCAGAGGAGCUCUUCGCGCUGCUGCAGCAAGUGAGGAGGACGGUGGCUGUUCACCAGUGUCGUGAAGUGAAUUCCAACGAGAAACUAAGCCUGCUGAAGGUGGCAGCAAUGAUAGAGAACUCUGCAAAAUCAGGAGCUGAACACAAUCGAUCUUGGCAGCGGUGGCGAGGACUGACCGGCGGCAGCUGCUGGUUUUGA